AUGGAUGAAAAUGAAUAUCUUCCAGUAGAAGGUAGAAUUGAAGAAAUCACGCAACUAAAGUUCAAGGGACCUCAAAGGCGACAGAGCAACCUAUAUGAAAGGAUCUCAGGGGGAGCAUCCCCCCCCAAGAAGAGUCUCCCCAAGGAUAUCAGGAAUACUUUAGUCAAACGGCGGAUCUAG